AUGCAGCAGUCAGCUGCGGCCGGUAAGAGCGGCAGGUACGGUCGGUCCCCCUCCGAUUCCCGCGACUCCCCCCUUGCGCCGUCCCGCUCCGAUCAGCCGAGCUGGCGCUCCGCCGCCGCCGCUCCUCCCCCGCCCGCGGGACCAGGAGCGGCGGGAGCAGGCGGAGGGGGGAGCACGGGAUGGGGGGACAGCGCGGACGGCGGCAGAUCUGCGGGCGGCGCAGCUCCCGGGGGAGCGUGGGCGCGGGGCGGACCUGGGAAGAGCGACAACGCUUGGGGAAGGGGGCCUGGUGGAGCCGGCGGCGCUGGCGGGGCUGGCGGAGCUCGCGGGGGACCUGGCGGAAACCCGUGGCACACGGGCGGAGGCGGGGUGGGUGUGCUGACUGGCGCGUGGCAGCAGCCGCUGCCACACCUGCAGCAACCACCGCCGCCGCAGCAGGCGCAGCUGGACCAGGCGCAAGCGGGGAAGGGCGCGCGGAAAGGGGACUUCGGGGGCGCGCUUGACAGAGCGAAGGAGAGUGCGAAUGGGGGGAGCGCGAACGGGGGGAGCGCGGGAGAUGCGAGCGUGGGGGCAGCGCGCGCGGGGGGACGGGAGUGGAUGGUGGCGAUGAGCGCGUGUUUGAUAGGGCACGCGGUGGAGGUACAACUGGUGCAGGGCGACUCGUACUCAGGCAUAUUCCACGCUGCUAACGAGGAAGACUUUGGUGUGGUGCUGAGGAUGGCGCGGCUGGUGCGGCAGGGGACAGACCUGCUGAGCACAGAGACGCCCGCAGUCAGAGAAGCUGCCAGGAAGCCUCCUCUGAAGACGCUGGUGGUUCCUGCGGCCGACCUGGUGCAGCUGAUCGCCAAGGACGUGCCUCUGUUCGGAUCCGACCUGCUGGCCUCGUCUCUGGCGGCCAACGGGGAGAUCCGAACGGACAGCAGCAUCGGCAGCAUGCUCACCAACGCACGCGGCUCCUGGGGGGGCGCAGGCGGAGGCGCAGGAGGGGAGGGGCGAGAGUUACAGCGGUGGGCGCCGGAGGGAGGGGAGGAGGGGAUGGGUCUGGACGAGGAUAACUUCAGAAGCAGCUCCAGGGCGUGGGACCAGUUUGAGGCGAACCGGAAACUGUUUGGAGUGGAGACGUCAUUCGACGAGGCCAUCUACACGACUCCGCUGGUGCGGCCGUCCCGGGAGCUGCAGGCGCAUGCUGAGCGCAUCGCGAGGGAGAUUGAGUCGCAGCCGAGCAGGAACAUGCACACUGCUGAGGAGCGAGGCUUCCACCUGCGCACAGCAGCGCGCACGCUGGCCUCGGCAGUCAAGGCUGCCCUCUCCUCGGAUGACCCAUCUGCUGCCGCCGCUGCUGCUGCUGUUGGGGGUCUGGGAGGCAAUGCGGACAGUGCAUGGGACGAUGAUGAUGAUAUUGACGAGGAGACCAAGUACUCGUCGGUCAUCCGCUCUGCCGCUGAUCUGGACAGUGGGAUGGACGACGAGGUGGAUGAUGCCAACGAUGAGACCUUUGGUGAUGCCGCCCCCACCACCGUGCAUGGCACUGUACGUCAGGCGCCCCCCUUGCUGCCUACUCCUGGUGCUUCAUCUGAAUCCGCUGCCAAAAGCGCUCCAGGAGAAAGCCAGAAACAGACAGAAUUUGCCGCCCCAGAAGCUGCCGGCGAGGGCGAGAAACGGACGGAAUCUGCCGCCCAAACGACUGCGGGUGGCAGCAGUGACGAGACGGAGAGGGGAGAGACGGUGAAGGAGGGGAGUAGUGGAACCGAGGAAAGGAAGGAGGAGGGGACGAAGGGAGCAGCAGAGGGCGGGAAAGGGGAGAGGAAGGAGGGCGAGAAAGACGGAAAGGAAGGGAAGAAAGCGAAGGAAGGGAAGGAGGCGAGGGAGGGGAAGGCGGCAGUGGGGGCGUCACGGUCAUCAUCAGCAUCAUCCACUUCAUCUGCCAGUGGCGCCAGUGGUGCCAGCGGUGCUCUCUCCGCCUCUGAUCUGCCCUCCAUCCCCUCGCACCCGCGCCUGCGCAUGCACCCCCGCCGCCUGGUCAAGGCGGCAUCAGGGGGACUCUUCCAGGUGCAUGGCACUGGCAGUCCGUCCCGUCGCUCGCCCCUCAUGUCGCCGCUGCUCACAGACGCCCCCGCCAACCUGCAGGCGCUCAACCUCGACCAGAGCGUGCCGCACCUCUCUGAUGACGUGUACCGCGAGUUCCAGGAGUUCAAGCAGAGGAGCCGGCGCAUGCGCGACGAGGCGGAGGGGGUGCGCUCGUGCAGCGACCUGCUGGGCAAGCAAUUCGAUUCUCGUUCUCCCGUCUCUUCAUGUCGCUCAUCUGGUCGCAACACCCCCACGUACCUCGAGAGCUCCCACUCCUCCCCGGACCUAAAGCCCUUCCUAGCCUCUGCAGCCUCGGCGCUCCUCCGCUCCUCCUCCUCUGCUGCUGUAUCCUCCGCUGCCGCUCCUGCCACGUCAUACCGCUCCCCGUCGCCGUCCAACCUGGCGCGCUCGAACUCGCAUUCCGUGGACCCUCCUGCCACGUCAGCACCGGCUGCCACCUCAGCAGCCAAAGGACCGAAACCUGUUUCUGUCGAAGCAACAGUGGCUGCAGCGGCGGCGUUGGCGGCUCCAGGCGAGCAGGAGGCGAGCGUGGGAGAAACAAAAUAUGUAACAGCGGCAGCUGCACCAAGUGUUGGGGAGGCUGGAGCAGCAGGAGCGACAGGGAAGGUGGCAGAGGGUGCGGAAGAAGCACGGGCGGGAGCAGGAAGCAGCAGCGAAGCACCUGCUGCAGCUGCAGCUGGUGCUGGUGCUGCUCCUGCUGGUGCUGUGAAGAAAUCCACCCUCAACCCGAACGCCAAGGAGUUCAAGUUCAACCCCAAUGCCAAGGUCUUCACCCCCACCUUCUCCAUGCCCGCCGCUACGCCCCCCCCUCUGCCCCCGCCCUUUAUCCCCGCUUACCCCUCCGCCCUCCCCCCCCAGCCCCGCCCAGACCACCCCUUCCCCUUCCAACCCCUCCCUGGCGCACUCCCCUCCGCCCCUGGCGCCCCCAUCCCCUUCCCCGCCCCCCUCUACCUCCCCACGCCUCUCCCUCCCCCUUCUCCCGCGCUCUCUUCCCCCAUUCCCCCCGCCAACGCCCCUGGCGCCCCCACCCCUCCUGCUUCCGCGCUCCCCCUCCCCCUACCCUCCCCCGGGUCCGUUCCCCCUGUGGGGCAAGCAGGGGCGGCAGGGCUUAUACCCAUCCCUGUUUCGGUGCCAGGUGGCAUGCCGCCAUUGGCUGUGGCUCCCCAGCCAAUGUACCUACCGUCCCAGCAGCAGCAGCAGCAGCAGCAGCAGGCAAUGUUUUCUCAGCAAGGAUUUGCAGGGGGCGGUAGUGGGGGGAAGCAAGGGGAGGAUGGGAGUGAAGGUGGGGAGGUUGGGGGGAGUGGAGGGGCGGCAGGGGGGAUGCAGGGGCAAGGUGACGGGCAGGGCGCAGGGGCAGCAGGACAACCAUCAGGAGCUUUCAUGCCCAUGCCACCCCAAGGCAUGCCGCCCCAAGGCAUGCCAGGUCAAGGCAUGCCGCCCCAAGGCAUGCUGCCGCCGGGCAUGCCGCCCGGCAUGCCCCCUCCCAUGCGUCCAUACCUCCCUGCAACACACGGGGGUGGCCAGCCCAUGCCUGGAGGCGGCAUGGCGGGCGGCAUGGGCGGCAUGCCAAUGAUGUUCAGCCCGCAGGGGUUUCCCCAGCCCAUGAUGUCAUGUGAUGCUGCCGCCCCCACACUUCUUCCAUCGCCCGUCCGCGCUUCUAUUCCUUGGUACCGUGAUGCUGCCGCCCCCACACUUCUUCCACCGCCCGCCCAUGGUUCCCAUGCACGGCAUGCCGCCCGCCCACAUGCCCAUGCCGCCCCACCCGGCCUCGAAGGAGAGAGGGGGGAAUGCGUGGUGGGCGGGGAAGCGGGGGGAGGGGGAGCGAAUGCAGGCAUACCACCCCACCCAGGCGCGUCCCCUCCAGUCAUGAGCAGCCCUCAACCCCCUGCCGCCAUGCCUCCUGCACGCUGA